CGGGGGACGGCGAGCCCCUCUUCGGCAUCGGCAUCGAGAACUUCCUCACCCUCAUCGUCUUCGGCGUGAUCUUCGCCCUGGGGGUGCUGGGCAACUCGCUGGUGAUCACGGUGCUGGCCAGGAGCAAGCCGGGCAAGCCCCGCAGCACCACCAACAUCUUCAUCCUCAACCUGAGCAUCGCCGACCUGGCCUACCUGCUCUUCUGCAUCCCCUUCCAGUCCACGGUCUACGUGCUGCCCACCUGGGUGCUGGGCGCCUUCAUCUGCAAGUUCAUCCACUACUUCUUCACCGUCUCCAUGCUGGUCAGCAUCUUCACCCUCUCCGCCAUGUCGGUGGACCGCUACGUGGCCAUCGUGCACUCCCGCCGCGCCUCCAGGCUGCGGGUCUCCCGCAACGCGCUGCUGGGCGUGGGGCUCAUCUGGGCGCUCUCCAUCGCCAUGGCCUCGCCCGUGGCUCACCACCAGCGCCUCUUCCACCGGGACGCCAGCAAUCAGACCUUCUGCUGGGAGCAGUGGCCCAACCCCCGGCACAAGAAGGUCUACGUGGUCUGCACCUUCGUCUUCGGCUACCUGCUGCCGCUGCUGCUCAUCUCCUUCUGCUACGCCAAGGUCCUUAAUCAUCUGCAUAAAAAGUUGAGAAACAUGUCAAAGAAGUCAGAAGCAUCCAAGAAAAAGACAGCCCAGACUGUGCUGGUAGUGGUGGUGGUUUUUGGCAUAUCUUGGCUGCCACAUCAUGUGAUCCACCUUUGGGCUGAAUUUGGAGUUUUCCCACUGACUCAAGCCUCAUUUCUCUUCAGAAUAACAGCACACUGCUUGGCUUACAGUAAUUCUUCUGUAAAUCCUAUUAUAUAUGCAUUCCUCUCAGAAAAUUUCAGGAAGGCCUACAAACAAGUCUUCAAAUGCCAGAUAGGCAAUGAAUCGCCUCUGAAUGAUGUUAAAGAAAGUAAAAGUAGGAUAGAUACAGCACCAUCUACCAAUUGUACUCAUGUGUGAACAACAAUUUUAAAAAAAUCCUGUUAUGUUGGGUUUUCAUAUGUGUGGACUAGAGUUCUAGAAAAAGCACAAUUCACUCCUAAGAAGAGCUGCAGCAGAUUCAGCUUUAGCUUGAUAAUUGGAAGAAUUAAAGAAUUCAGUUUCCUUACAUUUACUAGAUAAUGGGGACGAUUUUUACUAUUAGAGAUCUUUGUAUAGCUCAGUUCAAAUGAAACUCUGUUCUUUAAAGAUGUCCCAGAAAAAAUGGGCAAUGCUAUGUCACUACUAGCCCUCUUAUUCAUUUACUGGGAAAACAAAUAACUUACUAUUUAUAAAUACUGAUGUGCAGCAUAUUCAAGCUGCACCUACAACACAAAUGUGUUAACGGAAUGGAACUGUAUAAUUCCUAAUCCUGUUCUAUAAACUUCAUAUUUUAUUCUAUAAAUGAGGAUAAGGGUAGGGAAAAAAGAGUUCUCACUUCAAAGAAAGUACUUUGAUUUCAAGAGACGUGGUUAGGUUUUAAGACACUUAAAACUUCAGUCAUCUCUUUAAUGUUGGCUCUGACAAUGUUUUGUGUUUGUUUUUAAGCCUGUGAUGUUGAGCAGAAAAAAAAUUUCAUGUGCUGAAGUAAUUACUUGGAGAAGAAAUACUAAACUAACGAUGUAAAUGUCGAAUUUACACCAGGUUAAUGAGGCACUAAGUUUGUAUUUUGUAUGCCUUGUCUGGCUGCUUAUCCAAAAUCACGGUUAUACCUUUUUAAAAUUUUGCUUAAAGCACUCACGUAAUUGUGGCAUAAUAUAGGUUGAUGUAAUCAAAGUGGGAAGAAUCUGUUUCAGGUCUCUGUAUUUAUGUAUGUGUGAAUAUAUGUAAUUUCUAGUUAUCAAUAUGUAUCUAAAUAUAUUAGCUUAAACAUUAAGCUAUGUGCAUGUUCACACACUGCUAUUCCUUGAAAGAAGCUUUAAAUGGGGUUUGAAUUUGUUGAUAGCAUUCCAGCAGUUCUGUUAGGCUAUGGCUACACUGUAGCCUUCAUGCAGAAAAGCUUAUGCAAAUGAAACUUGGAUUACUGUGCUUCAU